AUGUCAAGAGUAGUAGUUAGAUUUAUUUUAAAUGGACAAUGCGUUGCAACUAAACCACUAAAUUCACAAGACAAAUUGAAAACAGCAAGAGAGAAAAUAAAAGAAAAGAUGUCUGACUCUCAAUACUUUUUAACAAAAGACGGAGAUAUAAUUGAUAAGAAUGAUGAAGAGUGUUUUACUGUAGGAGAUGUAAUUGAUGAAAAAAGAGUAAUAAAUAUUAAAGGAAUAGAAGAUAAAAAAGAAGUAAGAAUAAAGAUAAAUGAUAAGAUAAUUACUACUAUUGAAAUGGAUACUAAAACACCAUUAAGUGAUGUUAGAAAAAUAGUUCAAAACAUUCCAGAUUCAGCAUAUUUCUAUACACUUGACAAUGAUAAAAUUGAAAGAAAUACUGAAGAAGAAUUUAUAGUAGAAGACAUAAUAAAUAAUGAUGAAAUUAUUCUUAAAGAAGAAAAAGAAAAUAUACCAGAAAUCAAUGAUAUAACAAUUGGAAUAUGUUUGAAUGGAAAACCAAAGAUAAAAAAGCAAUUCAACAAGAAUAUUUCUCUUUCAGAUGUUAGAAAAGAAAUUGAAAGACUACAACAAAUUCCGAAAAGGUUUGAAUUUGAAGAUCAAGAAGGAUUUAAAAUAUCAAGUGAUGAUGAACAAUCUUUACAAUUAACAUCUAUUUUGCAUGAUAACAAGAUCAAUAUAACAACAUUGACAGAAGACAUAAUAAAUAAUACAUUAACUAAUGUUUCACCCAAUAAAACAACAACACAGUGCACUCCACUAAUUAAUAAUUGUAACUAUGGUUUCCAAAAUACUUCACAAAAUACUACAGAUGUGUCUGAACCGAAUGUUCCAAUUGAAGGAAGUAUAAGAUUGGAAAGUCAUGAAAAUGGAAAAUUGAAAAUAUAUUUAUAUCCAAAUCAACCAUUUAAUCAAAAAGAUGAGAAUGAUGCAAUUGGUAUUCUAGUUGUUGGUCAAACAGGAAGUGGAAAAACUACAUUAUUGAAUAGUUUUGUAAAUGCAUUAUAUGGAAUAAAAAUAACAGAUGACUUUAGAUAUAUAAUUAUAAAUGAAGAUAAUUUAGAACAACGUAAAGAUCAAUCUAAAAGUCAAACAAGUCAAGUAACAAUUUAUAAUAUUAAAAGAACAAAAAGAACACCACCAAUCAAAAUAAUAGAUACACCAAGAUUUGGAGAUACAAGAGGAAUUGCUUAUGAUAUGGAAAUUACUAAACAAAUAAAAGAAGCAUUUGAAAAUAAAGUAUUAGAUUUAAAUGCUAUUUGUUUUGUUGCACAAUCAAGUAAUGUGAGGCUAACACUAAGUCAACAGUAUAUAUUUGGGAAUAUUAUCAACUUAUUUGGGAAAGAUGUUAAAAAGAAUUUUAUUGCAAUGCUUACAUUCUGUGAUGGUAAAACACCACAAAUUAUAAAUGCAUUACAAUCAAAAGAAUGUAUUUUCAGUACAAUUAUUCCAGAAAUAGAUGAACCGUGGUAUUUAAAAUUUAAUAAUUCAGCUAUUUAUGAUGAUAAUACAGAAGAUGAAUUUACACAAAUGUUUUGGAAAUUAGGAAUGAAGAAUUUUGAUGAUUUUAUAUCAAAAUUACUAAAACUACCAAGAAAAUCAUUAGAGAAAUCAAGAGAAGUGUUGAAGAGAAGAGAGCGUAUUAAGGCACGAAUUGAAGACUUAAAAACAACAUUAAAUAGUCAGUUGGCAAAAAUGAACGAAAUAAAACAGAUCUACAAACAAUUGGAUGAAAAUCGAGAAAAAGUUAAAAAAAAUGAAAACUUUACUUUAACUACACAAGUAGAAGUACAAAAAAAGGUUGACUUACAACCAGGAGUAUAUGCAACAAAUUGUAAUAAAUGUCAUAAAACAUGUCAUCAUCCAUGUCAUGUUCCAUUUUUUAUUUCAGCAUUUACAAACAGAUUUUGUACAUGCAUUGAAAACAAACGUUGUACAACAUGUGGUUGUCAUCAUACAGAACAUAUAAACUCUGGAUAUAGAUAUGAGAAUUUAAUAGAGACAAAAGAAGAAACAUUAGAAGAUGUGUAUAAAAGAUAUAGUGAAGGUAAACAAGGUAUGGCUAGUGCAGAGAGUAUGUUAAUAAGGUUAGAAGAAGACUAUUAUAAAAUUCGAAUGGAAUGUUAUGACCAACAACAAGAAAUUAUUGAUUGUGUUAAUACAUUAUCUGAAAUUGCAUUAAAUAAGAAAGUGACGAGUUCAAAUGAAUAUUUAGACAUGUUGAUUAAAACAGAAAUUGAAGAAAAGAAACAAGGAUAUGAAGCAAGAGUUGAAGGAUAUAAAGAACUUAAAAAAACGAAUGAAAUGAUAGAAGAUAUUAUGAAAAAUUCAACAACAAAAAAGAGUAAAGAAGAAAUUAAUGCAGAAGUUAAAAGAAGAAUGAAAGAAGAAGAAAAAAAAACAAGAGUUAAAACAAUGAGACUUUUUCUUGGUAAAACCAAAUAA